CAGCCGCCAUCGGCCGCGAUUCUAUGCGGCGGUCCGACUCAUCGGCUGAUGCCGUGUAUCUGAUCCGCUGGAAGUUCCGUGGACCGUUUGAUGUGGUCCGGCAUCCUCCGAUCCGCUCCCGCAGACGAGGAAUUCCCGAUGAAUCGAGUCUACCAAACUCCACCUGCCACCAACCCACCCACACACCCCCCUCCUCUUUUUCUCCCUUUCGUCUUCUCAGUCUGAAGGAGUCUGCAGAAGAGCCUCCUUCUUCCCUCACCAUUGCGAGUCCAAGUCGAUUCCCCAUAUCCACAGAAUGACGCUGCUAUGCGUGCCGCUGGUGGCGAAGACGGUGGAGCAGAUGAUGGCGGACAUGGCUGCCGCCAAGGCCCGCGGCGCCGACCUCGUGGAGAUCCGGCUCGACCACCUGUCCGAUUUCGAGCCCCGCCGCGAUUUGCAUCUCCUCGUUGGCGACCGCCCGCUCCCGGUCCUCGUCACCUACAGGCCGAAAUGGGAAGGAGGUGAAUAUGAAGGUGAUGAUAAACAGAGAUUCGAGGCACUUUGCUUAGCUAUGGAGCUAGGAGCCGAAUAUGUUGAUGUUGAGCUUAAGGUUGCUGAUGAUUUUGUUAGACUUACAUCUGGGAAGAAGCCAGAUAACUUUAAGCUUAUUGUUUCUUCUCAUAAUUAUCAAAGCACUCCAUCAAGUGAGGAGUUAAGUAGCCUUGUAGCAAGGAUUCAAGCUGCUGGAGCAGACAUAGUAAAGAUUGCAACCACAGCUGUGGACAUUGUUGAUGUAACACGCAUGUUCCAAGUAAUAGUGCAUUGCCAGGUUCCGAUGAUAGGAUUGGUUAUGGGGGAGAGAGGCUUAAUCUCCAGGUUGCUUUGCCCAAAAUUUGGUGGAUAUCUAACAUUUGGCACCCUUGGUGUGGGAAAGGAAUCAGCACCGGGGCAACCAACUAUAUCAGACUUGUUGAAUGUAUACAAUAUCAGGCAGAUUGGAGCAGAUACAAAAAUUUUUGGGAUUGUAGGGAAGCCUGUAGGCCACAGUAAGAGCCCAGUUUUGCUCAAUGCUGCAUUCAAGUCAGUUGGUCUCGAUGCAGUUUAUGUGCCACUUUUGGUAGAUGACCUUGUUAAUUUCUUGAAUGCCUAUUCAUCCACGGACUUUGCUGGUUUCAGUUGUACAAUUCCCCACAAAGAAGCUGCAGUUGGAUGUUGUGAUAAGGUGGACCCAAUAGCAAAGUCUAUAGGUGCUGUAAAUACAAUCAUUAGACGACCAAGUGAUGGCAAAUUAAUUGGUUAUAACACUGAUUAUGUUGGUGCAAUAUCUGCAAUUGAGGAUGGAAUAAGAGGUUCACAGGGAGUGGGAAAGGAGACUGUUUCUCCCCUUGCUGGUAAAGUGUUUGUCAUCAUAGGUGCUGGUGGUGCUGGUAAAGCUCUUGCAUAUGGUGCAAAGGAGAAAGGAGCAAAGGUUGUGAUUGCAAAUCGGACUUAUGAACGAGCUAGAGAGCUUGCAAACUUGAUCGGGGGCCAUGCAUUGACACUUGCUGAAUUGGAAACUUUCCAUCCCGAAGAUGGAAUGAUUCUUGCAAACACAACAUCAAUUGGAAUGCAACCAAAUGUUAAUGAGACCCCUAUCAGGAAGCAAGCUCUUGGGUCUUAUUCUGUGGUUUUUGAUGCGGUCUACACCCCAAGAGCAACCAGACUUUUGAGGGAAGCGGAAGAAUCUGGAGCUACUGUUGUUAGCGGACUUGAGAUGUUUAUAAGGCAAGCAAUGGGCCAAUUUGAACUAUUCACAAAUUUGACUGCCCCUGAAAAUCUGAUGCGAGAUACGGUGAUGAGAUACACAUGAAAUGAUGUUGCAGUCUAUGAUUCAGCAACACUACAAUGAACAUAUAGAGAGAGUUCAUGGGAUGCCACUUUCAGCCAAUUUCUUCAGUUUCCUUAAAUCAUGUAUAAUGGUUCCUCUUUUUUGCAGUGGAGGAAAAUACAUCAACUGUUGUUAUCCAAUGCCUGUGGUGAUAAAUUUGUAGACCCUCAAGUUGAAUAUUGUAUUUUGAUAACAUUGUUUUCAUCUAAUAAUGUAUGCCAGUCUGAGGAUACUGUUUCUGA